AUGCCUCUUGUCGUCCCAGAAGUCAACGAAAACGACCAGGCCGCCUGGGCAGCAAAGCUGAUGGGCAAGAAACUAACCGAUGGCGUUACCGACAAUGUGUCCUUUGCGAAAAAGGAUCUUCCAGAGCAACACCGCAUCCUCAAACCCGGCGACUUUACUACCAUGGACUAUAUUCCAGAUCGACUGAAUGUUUACGUCGAUGAAUCCGAGACGGUUACAGAUGUUAAGCACGGGUAG